AGAGAAUACCAACUGGGUCCCUAGUACGCAUGCGCCCUUCCUCACGUGUGUGGAGAAUAACAUGACAGCGGCUGAAGCCUCUGAAUAAAGUGCUCUACCGCGGGUUUAUGAGAUGUAAUUAAUCCGACAAUUAGCUUGCAUUUCUGACGGACAACAGCGAUGGCAAUUCGAGCUAUACGGAAGUUUCGUUGGGUAGAGGGGUUGUUCUGUGUGUACAAACCCCCCGGCGUCCAUUGGAAGCUCGUCCGAGACAGGAUAGAGACUUGUAUUCUUGAAGGUGUAAAUGGCACCCCUUCCUUGGCCCCCAGGGUCGGGCUGUUGGGACCAGGCGGAGGUCGCACUGACCUGACGCUCACUGCGGGCUCCCUACCCCCUGGGGUCAGGCUGUUGGGACCAGGCAGAGGUCCCACUGAACUGACGCUCUCUGCAAGCUCCCUGGCCGCUCAUCCUCUGGUCCGUGGACCUGAGUUCAGACGGAUCAAAGUGGGAGUCGGACAUCGUCUGGACGCUUCAUCCUCCGGAGUGCUGGUUAUUGGAGUUGGACGUGGAAACAAACCACUGAAUGAUCUUUACCAAAUGUGCUGUACAAGGGAUUAUACUCUGGAGGGUGAAUUUGGAUUUGCAACGGAUAAUUUCUCUCGCACGGGCAGGAUUGUUGAAAGAUCCACAUAUGAUCACGUCACACGGGACAAGCUGGAGAAAGUCCUGGCCAUGUUGCAGCAGGCCAAUCAGAAGGCCUUGCUCAUUCACUCCAACGUGGACAUGCGCUCACAGGAAGCCUAUGAGAUGGCUGUGACAGGGGAACUCGGUCCGCAGGGGAAGUCCCCCCCCAUCCUAACCGGCCUCCGGGUCACAGGCUUCCAGCCUCCCUUCUUCACUUUGGAGCUGCAGUGUCUGAAUGAAACCCAGCGGUAUCUACGUAAGGUGGUGCACGAGAUCGGUCUGGAGCUGCGCAGCACAGCUUCCUGCACGGCGGUGCGGAGAACACGAGACGGACCCUUCACGGUUGACCAGGCCCUGACCCGGGGUCAGUGGACCGCCGCCCAAGUGGCUCUGACCAUCCAGCACUACAACAACUCCAAGAGACAAAGCAGGCUGCUGCCCGCCCCGGCAGCGCUGUGAUCUGUCUGUCCAGCAGAGUCCUGCGGUUGGCAGUGAAGACAGACAGACUCGCAAUGAAGACUAUCUGGAUCAUUACUGAACUUGUUUGGUUUAAGAACUUUCCUGGGUUAGACUACCUCCAUUUACAUAAUUCACUGGAGAUAAUUAUUUUCUUGACCUGAUCUUAAAGUGAAGUAUUUUGCUUUUCCUAAUUAAAGGGCCUCUAUUUUACACCCAGGUGUGAGUCUGAUGAGCCACUCAAAGCGGUAUCAGAAUCUGCCCUGUGACUUGGUGACGUCACAAGUGGGAGUGGCCUCCUAGAUUGGCAAUCUGUAGAUAAGCCUGUAGUUGCUACAGGCUGGUACAUUGAUCUGUUCAGAUUGUACCUGGGUAUUCCAGAUAUCACAGGGCAUGGCAGGACUUUUGAAGGAACCCAAUAGGGUUCCUUCAAAACGACUUUAUACUCCUAUCCUGCCCUCAUUCCCACAUGGGUUCUUGCUUCACCCACUUUACCAAGAAUGUAUCGAGGCGACCUGUGGGGACUUGGGACAGCGAGGUAUUAGGGCUGUCACUUUUUAUUCGAAGUUCAAAUAUUCGUUCGAAGGUGGGGUGAAAAGUUCGAAUUCGAAGUGUAAUUCUCCAUUCGAACUGUGUGUGCUGCCGUCUCAUAAGAACUUCAGACCAUUUUAAGUAGUCUGCUUUCGAUCCAGCAGAGGGCGCGCUAACAUUUUAUAUCAGUUUGACCUGUUGCCGACCCUCUUGGCCUGGCUAUCUGUAUCGAAUAUUGAUUCAACAUUCGAUACAGAUAGGCCAAGAGGGCUUUGAAACAAAACGUAACUGAAGAGAACGCGAACCGAGAUACGGCUAUUACAGGGUGUCCGCGGAGGUCUUAAAAGUCUUAAAAAGUCUUAAAUUCAUUUUUCUAAAUUUAAGGCCUUAAAAAGUCUUAAAUUCGUCAAAAAUGUCAUAUGCUGGUCUUAAAUUUAUAACUCGGAGGUCUUAAAUUUGUCGGGGCAGGGUUAUUAUUAUUUUUUUUUUCUCGCGGGACUUUUCGGGAAGGAGAUGUACGAGGGGCUACUUUCUUGCUAGCUGCAUAUAUAAACGGAUGUCUGCGCGCUUGCUAGCUAGUCUGCAACAAUGGGUAAAUGCAAGUUCAACGUCAGUUGGCUGGAAGACGUCCGUUUCCGAGGUUGGCUAGCGUCCGUUGCCAACCCAGAACAGGCCAGAUGCAUUCCGUGCAAAAGUAGCCUACAUUCAAGCUCGGCACCAUGGGGAUUAAGGCUGUCGUCAGCCAUAUGCAGAGCCAAAAACAUAAAACCUCUGCCAGGAGCCACACACAGACCCCAGCCAUUUCUACGUUUUGCAUCUCUGCUGCGGCGGUGGCGCCGCAGACGGUCCGCGCUGCUAGCACUGACCUGAGGGUAGCAUUUGGUGCGACACCAACACUGAAAGCGGAGGUGUUUUGGAUUCUAAACACAGUGGUCAAGCACCAGUCCUACAACUCAAAUGAGGGGAUAGGAGAUCUCUUCGGUUUGAUGUUCCCUGACUCUCAAAUCGCGAGCACCUUUACUGCUGGAAGGGACAAAACGGCGUAUAUAACUCGUUUCGGACCAGCGCCUUUCAUCCGAAACGAGCGAAUCUGCAGCGUCAACAAGGCCAACAAGCACGCCACCCUAGCCAUAUUAUGGGCAACCGUGUUCCCCUUGGCUGUGAUUUGAACUUUGAAUUCCUCGUAGGAGUUCAUAAUAAUACAUUGCUCGCCUUGGAUGAAAUACACCGCUCUUGCGCGAUUUAUUUUGCAUAAGGGUGAGUCAAAUGACGCGAGAAACGCCCCUUUUAUGUGAACGCGCAUUGAACCUAAAGCGGAAAACCUGGUUCAACUAAUUGAAUCUAAAGUGAGCGUCGUACCAUUUAACUGUGAUUGAGAGUUGCGGCUCUGUCGAGCCAGGUUUUCCCAAGAAAGCCUGGGUAUGUUCAACGAGGUUCGUGGUAUACCCCCCAGGUCUUACUGAAGGCAUUUAUUUAAUACCAUAAAUACGUGCUGGUGCACCCAAAUUAAAAAUGUAGGCGCACCAGUGCACCCAAGGAAAAAGUUAGUCUGGAGCCCUGGACUAUCACUUUAUGUUCAAUGAACAGACAGAAAGUAAACUUGAAUGAGUCUCAUUGAGUGACACACAUGCUAUGCUUGGGUUGUAAUACAGCGGGAUCCCCCCCACCAUUGCGUGUUUAAGGUCUUAAAUUUCAUUCAAGGUGGUAUUAAAAAGGUCUUAAAAAGUCUUAAAUUUGACUUGCUGAAACCUGCAGAUGUAUUAAAGGCACCCAGUGCAACUUUAUGUAAACAUUCAAUGAAAAAUAAACAUUCAAUUUCUAGUCUUUUUUACACGUAGUAAGUUUCAAUAACUCCAUACCAUUACAUAUCGACAUUCAAGGAGCAAAGAUGAGACGUCGCUGUGCGGUGAGAACUGAUAGAAAAUCGUAAACAACAACAAUCGCCGGUGGGGAGAAGCCAUUUUUCCAUUGACUGGAAGCCUGCUUUAUUUAUUGUAGGUUACAAAAAAUAAAGAAAAUGGCGGCAUUGUUGUUGUUAUCGAUUUUCUAUCAGUUCUCACCACACAACGACGUCUCAUCUUUGCUGCUUGAAUGUCGGUAUGUA